UCUGGCGUGUUUCAUAAUGGUUAGCAUUGGGCUUGCUUUUUUGUUAUUGUUGUUGUUGGCAACAUCGUCGGGCUUGGUCAUUGGGCUCUUACAAAGCCCUGCCGCCCCGCUUCAUUUUUUCCCGUCGCCAACUGUACUUAUCUCAUCGACCAAGGCUGGUUGUAGAUAUGUUCUUCCAAUCAUUACACGAAUCCUG